AUGUGUGAUGAUGGAGAUGUGCUUCAGUGGCAAGAAUUUUGGGAUAGGUUUUAUUCUAGCAUACAUGUUAAACUAAUUAGGAAUGUUGACAAGCUAGCAUACCUUCAAAGUUGUUUGGAAGGAGAGGCGAAAGAUGCUGUAGCGGGUUUGGAGACAACUAAUGAUAACUAUGAAAUAGCAUUGAACACUUUGAAGGACACGUUUGGAAGAAAAUCAAUAGUGGUUGAUGCCCAUUAUAAAGAACUUUAUAAUAUGCAAGAUAAAAACUCGUCAAUUAAAUACAGAAGGGUGAUCAACUAUACCUUUGGUCAAAACAAGCCAUACAAAAUAAUUAGUCCAAAGGCAGAAAUAAAAAUAUUUAUUUCUCCACAAAUUGAGAGAUCUAUUACAGUUAAUAUUGUACCUUUCAUUGCUGACAGCGUUUCAUGUUAUGUUUUCAGAAACCAUGGGUUAAACAUUACAUUAGCUGAUGAUGGUUCAUUAGGAGAAGAAAUUAAUUUGUUGAUUGGCAAUGACUACUACUUCUCCUUUAUAAAUAGCGGUUGCCCUCGGCAUGGAUGUGCCUCAAUGGGCUAA